AUGAGGUUAUCAUUGAUUGCUGCUGCACUUGCUUCUGCUGUUGCUUUGUGCGAAGGUUCCACAAAGAUGGUGAUUGGAUACUUUCCCAAUUGGUUGUAUGCCAACUACCCAGUCGAAAAUAUCCCAUUCAGCAAAUACACUCACAUCAAUUAUGCAUUUGCCAUUUUAAAUAAUCCAGACAAUUUGCCUUCGUUUCCUGAUGAUUGGGCUGUAGAAUCAUCGCUUCCUAAAGUAGUAGAGCAGGCACAUGCCAACGAAACUAAAGUGCUUUUAUCAGUGGGUGGUUGGACAGGCUCAAAGCGGUUCAGUCCCAUGGUUGCAACUGCUUCAAGCCGUAAAAAGUUCAUUGAUUGGAAUUUAGACUUUAUUGAAAAGUACAAGACCGAUGGCGUUGAUAUUGAUUGGGAGUACCCUGGAAAACAAGCCGCUGGAUGUAACGAAGUUGCUGAUAACGAUGCCGACAACUUCUUAUUGUUGCUCAAAGAACUGAGACAAGCAUUGGACGAGAAAUUUCCCAACGAGCACAAAGAGAUCUCCAUGGCUGUCCACGUUCAGCCUUUUAUCAAGUCCGGUGUACCAAUGACUGAUUUGAAGCCGUUUGUACCUUAUUUUGAUCAUGUCAAUUUAAUGACCUAUGAUAUCAAUGGUGCUUGGGCUACUACUACUGGUCCAAAUGCUCCUUUCCAAGCAGAAGAGGGUAAAGGCGCUCCAUUCUCUUUUGUGGAGAGUAUCCGAGACUGGAAGAAGGCUGGUGUGCCCGCUGACAAGAUCACUGCUGGGCUUGCUUUUUACGGCCGUGCCAUGAAGGCUCAGGUGGACAUGAGACAACAGACAGAUCAAUUCCAAGCUUCCGAGGCAGGUGCACCCAAAGGCGAUUCUGACGAUGCAUACUGGUCAGAUCCUUACUGUAACAAGGAAGCUGGUGGUCUUUCUGGUAUCUGGAAAUGGACCAAUCUUCGCAAAGAAGGCCUGUUACAAGACGAUAUGGUGACACCUGGUAAAGGUUGGGAACGCAACUGGGAUCAAGUAUCACAAACCCCUUGGCUCUUUAAUCCAGAUACCAAGCAUUUCAUUUCAUAUGACGACCCUGAGUCUUUGAAUAUCAAGGUAGAGCAUGCUCUCUGUGAGGAUCUGGCUGGCGUCAUGGUGUGGGAUAUUCAUCAAGAUAAUGGCGAGCUGCUGGAGGUUGUCAACAAGAUUCAUACUGCCAAACCUGCAUCGUGUGAAGCACUGUUGAAAAACAAGUCCAUCACGGAAAGCAACAGUAACCCUGUUUCACAAGUUUUAGAGGACCCUGAGGAAGAUGUGCAAAGCGAAGAAAUCGAUAAUGUAGGAAGCUGGAUUGCCCCUCCCCCUACUACUCUGGCUGCUGAAGUAACCACGUCUUCUUCUUCCAUUGCUGAACCAAGCAUUCUGGUCGACCAAGAUGAUGAAGUUCGGGAUGAAUACGAAGAAGAGGAAGAGGAAACAACCGCAUUGUCUUCAUCCGACGCCUCAACUACCACUGUCUCUGUGGAGAAUGCUAAUAGUGAAGCUGACGGUACAUCAUGUGCUGUCUCUGGUCAGCAAAAAUGCGCUAGCCUUGGUAAAACUGGUAGAUGGUUGACCUGUAACAUUGACAAAUGGAUUGUUCGUGAUUGUGCUGCUGGCCUUGUUUGCAAAGAACUCGAGGGUAGUAUUUACUGUGAUGCUCCUAACGCUGGUGACUUGAAGGCUGUCGCUGUUCCCGAUGUUGUCUCUGUUCCCGGUGAUGCCCAAGAACCAUCACCAACCCUCUCUGUUUUAUCGAAUGUCGCUUCAUCUCUGGACAAGGCGCUCCACUCUCCAUUUUCGGAAAACUCGAUUUCUGCUCCUGAGUUUUCUUUGCUUCCCACACCUGAAGCAUCACUCCCCUCUAUCCCUACCCCUGAACUAUUGUUGAGUAUUCCUAAUGCUGCUGCCGCUUCUGAACCCUCUUCUCUCUCAGCUGAGUUACCGCCUGUUGCUGCAGGCUUAGCUGAGGAAGCCUCUCAAGCCUCUGUUGCAGAACAGGCAGCACAUCCUAUGGUUGAUCAAGCAGACUUGAUGAAUGGCAGAAAACAUCAAGCCUCUUUAGCUGUUGAAAACCCUAUCCUCGCUGCUCAAACCAUUUAA